AUGGAUACACAUACCCAUUUAGAAGAUUUAUCAAAUGAAAUUUUCUUCGAAAUAUUUGAUUAUUUACAUGCACUUGAUAUUUUUACUGCUUUUGCUUCAUUGAAUAAACGAAUUUUGUCUAUUCUAAAAUCAAUUUUACUUCAUGUUAUCAUCUUAAACAGUCAUUAUGAUCGAGAAAUACAAUUUCUUUCUUUUCAUCUUACUUUUCAUGCUCAUCAAGUCAUCUCAUUAAAAGUUGAUGAUACAAUUCGUGAUCGUGCACCUAUUAUUAGUUUACUAUUUAAACGACAUCAUUUUAUUAAUCUUCAAUCAUGUAUAUUUAUGUCGAUUAAUUCAUUAACUCUACUUGAUAAUGUUAUUAAACAAGUUAAAAGUUUGAAUAGACUUGUUACAUUUGUUAUCGCCCAACCAAUUUAUCAAAAUAUCAAUGAAAAAUACAUAUGUGAUAUAACUCGAACUAUAUUGAUGCACAAAUCAUCUUUUCGUUCAGUUAUGCUUCGUUAUAAUUAUGAUUACUUAGACAUAUCAACUUAUACUUCAAUUGCUUCGAAUCUUAUAUCACUUGAUUUGUUAAUGUCGUCUGGCUCACUGAAUACAGUUUCAGUAUAUUCAAUUUUGCCAAUUCUUCGUGUUUGCCAUAGAAUACGGUAUCUACAAGUCAUAAUAAACCAUCAAAUUGUAUCUGAAAAUAAUAAUUUAAAUGUUUCAAUUUACGAUCCAUUUAUUAAUGAAAAUGAUCUUCAUAUAUCACCACAAGUGACAACUUUCGGUUUAUCAACAUUUGUUAUAUGUGACAUUCGUUCAAUCGCUUAUAUCUUACGUUGUAUGCCUAAUCUUAUUCGAUUUAAAUUCCUUCAUGGGACACGAACAGUAGCCUUACCAGUUGUUGAUGAUUUAGUCAAUGGUUAUGUAUGGCAACAGAUGUUAGAAAUGCAUGUUCCAUUUUUGUCUAGAUUUGAUUUUCAUAUCUCAAUUGUGAAAAGUUAUCCAAAAUUAGAUAUAGACAUGGUCGUAAAUUCAUUUCAAUAUUUUGUUAAAAAGUAUCCCAAAUGGCAGAUGAUUAUUGAUCGAUGGGUACCUACUUCCAAUAUGUCACUGAACUCUGUUCAAUCAAAUGACAAUGAUGAUUCACAGCAAUGUGUUACCUAUCUUUCACAUGUUGUUCAUUUACUCAAUGUAAAUCAAAUUGGCUUUCAAUCAUAUUCUGAUACAUCUGGAUGGAAAGAUAUUCAAUUUAUUCUACAAGCAUGUCCAAAUGUGAUUAAUCUUACAAUUAGUCCUUUAUAUUUGGUUUUAUCAGAAUUCAUCGAUAAUUAA